AUGUCGGGAAAAAUAUCCCCCUCUAAUCGCGUUUCGGACAUCCACAUAGUGGAGAAAGCCAGCAUGUCCCGGCGUAAUUCCUCCGCCGAUGAGUUCGAACCCGAGUCCACCAAGACAGUGUUCCGAGAAGAGAAAGAGGGCAGCACAAAUAUCGGAGUGGUUGUUUUCAGACUUACAGUUGCGUCCGUGUGUGGAAUAAUAUUUGGCAUCGCCGUAGAAAAGGGGAGAGUGUUUGAGCCUGUGACCAUACGACAACAAAUGGUGUUUGAAAACUUCAUUAUGCUGAAGGUGUUUUUAUCAGCAACAGCCGCGGGCCAGCUCUGUUUUGUUGUUUUGACGGCCAUUCCUAAGACUAGACCGUACAUGGACAACGCCAUGCGUGACUUCAUCUGCUGUUUCAGUGAGAAAGGAAUAUUGACUAGCAUCCUUGGCCCGUUUAUUUUGGGAAUCGGAAUGACCAUGGCUGGAUCGUGUCCUGGUAUGAUUUUAGCUCAGAUCGGUGCCUGGGUCCCUAACGCAAUUUUCAGUCUAAUUGGAGUAUUUUUGGGUGCCUUGACAUAUGGCUUGUUGGAUCCCUUUAUCUGCAGACUUGCCAGGCCCAAGGAACCCUACAGCUGGUCACACGUACACAAAUCACUUGACAAACCAUACCUGCUCAUAGCUCUUCCCAUGGCCUUAAUGAUUGUUGUGGGCGUGGCUCUGGCAGAACAUUUCUGGCCGUGGACUAAGGAUCUUGCCUCUAUGGGGAGAGAAAAUCCUGACGGAGCAAAUAUUGCCACAGCUGUUUCAUGGCCCCCUUAUGUGUCAGGUACCAUCAUAGGCCUUCUGCAGCUCCCUCUAGUGUUAGUGAUAAAGGAUACAAUAGGCGGAAGCAGUAGUUACGUCACCAUAGUGUCACAGUGGGUCAUCACUGACAAACUGGCGCAAACAUUUCCUUACUUGGCGAAGAGGAGAACCGGUGUUUCAAACUGGUGGCAGGUUUUCUUCGUGUCGUUUGUGGUAGUAGGAGCAUGUCUGUCCGGCGUAGCCUCAAACACGCUGACGACGAGCAAGGGGCCACAACUCCCAGUUGCGUUAUUUGGGGGAUUCCUUCUUCUAUUUGGGGCUCGUCUGGGUGCAGGAUGUACGAGUGGGCAUGGUCUCUCUGGAAUGGCACUUCUCGCCUGGCUGUCUUUGAUUGGCGUUCCUGCUAUGUUUGCCGGUGGAAUAUCUACAGGGUUCGCCAUGCAGGCCUCGGGAGCACUUGAUAACUAUGUCGACUACACAGGAGCGGUGUAA